AUGCAGAGGCUGUGUCAGCGACCCAACGGGUGGGUCGAAUUCAUGAUAUAUGCCAGUUCGCACCCAAACAUCCCGCGCAAUAUCCGAGAAAGGGCAGCGCUGUAUCAGAGUCUGAAAAGAAAAGGUACCCUGUUCGGGCACACGGCAGGACCAUUGUGCGAGCGGGUGCUGCGCCGGCAGGGGGCCGCCGAGCAUCUACCUCUCUCGACGCGUACCCCUGCGCCGAGGACGCCAACACGGCCGCCGCGACCUCCACCCAGAACCCCACGAGCCCCACAGAGACAGCCCACGAGGGAGAGAAUCGCCGCCUCCGUUCACGUGCUGCCCCCACUCGUUCCCAGCCGGGCAAGACGGGUGCUGAUACCGGAUACAGGUCGCGUGUCCAGCAUCUCCGAGCUACCGUUCUCGCUCAACGGGUUCUCGGAUGCGACGGUCGAUAGGGCAACGCGUCUCGUGAGCGACGGCGCCUUGGCGCCCGCCCCUCUCCAGUACCAAGUCGGCCCCGAUUUGAACGGUAUGAGCGUCCAACGUCAGGACAUGUUGACUCUCCAGCGUCGAGAGACCAUAACGGACGAUAUCGUGAACGGAAUGUGCACCCUCAUCACCCACGAGGUCCCAAACGCAUUCGCUUUGCGUUCGGUCGCGUACAGCCUGGCGACACACUACCAAAAUGGCCCAUUGCUCUCCGCCAAUCACCCGGACGUCGUAUCCGGUAGAUUGCAGGCGUACUCGAUGAACGCCGUGAGCCAGUUUCUUCCACAACAGCCACAGAGGUGGAUCUUCGUGCCCAUCAAUCAGGCCAAUUAUCACUGGGUUAUCGUGGUCUACGAUGCACACGAGAGGAAACUAAUAGGAUACGACCCCCUCUUCAGAACGAUGACCGACGAGCUGAACAACGUGGAGCGAAUCCUCUGGGAUGGGGGUAUCUUGGACGGGCCGGUUGAGAAGAUCAACGGGACGGAUAUGCCCCGUCAAACGGAUUCCAUCAACUGUGGACCGGCCAUAAUAGUGUACAUGUUGGCCAUCUCGCGGACCCGAGCACUCCCUGAGCUGUCGGCCCCGGUGCAGAGCUUGGUACGAACGUACACCGCAUGCUGCAUCUUCAGCAACACCCUGGCGUACACGGGCCAAGGAACCGUAGCUCCGGGCCGAGGGGUGGUCAACAUGACCACGAACUCGAUCGGAGUCGCAAACAUGGUCCUAACAAGGGCGCAGCAGAGGGCUAGGCUCCCACCGCUGCGGGAUGAGACGAGCGGGGCCUGGAUUCUCGGCCGCGCGGUGCCGAACGUCGUCUACGACUAUGACUCAAACGGCAAUGCCGCCGAAGAGAAGGUCUUGUCGUUCGGAGCUCCGGGGAGAUGGGUGAUGAUGACCUUUCGCCAAUGGGAAGCCCAGCUGCUGUCGGACGUGUGGAGCCCCCAACCGAACCCGUACGACAUAGAGACUCUCAUCCAAUUGCUCAGCUCGGUCCCCUGUCAUGCCAGCUGCCAAGGUCUUCUCCAGAAGCUCACAACUGGGGUCUGUCGCCAGAGCUUUCAGUACCUCACGGUCGGUUUAGGCCUCUUCCGGACCCUGCUGACCAAUAACAAAGACGACUUGAUCAAGGUUCACCAGAUGCUGAAGUCCACCUUCUUUGCGGCGCUCUUCUUCCGCAGGUGGAAAGGGCCAGGCAAUCCCUACCCAUACAACGGUCGAAGCACAUACCAGCUCUUGGCAGAGACCAACCUGGCCGGUUGCAUUCCCGAGAAGCACCGGAUGAUUGUGGAUGGGCGCGCAGACGGAAUGGCCACCGCGCUCCUGAGAAACGUCCUAAGCCUGUACUACAGCCUGUCCAGGGCAGCCUCGAGGGAAUUCGCAAAGCUUCCCAUCGUCAAUCUAGCAAAGGGGGUCGACCCCAACGAGAUCGUGCCGGCCCCGAUGAAAACGGCGCAUACUGUAAUGGACGAGCUGAAGCUCAGCCUCGGCGUGCUGUCAAAGCUAGAGGCCAAUCGCCGCAUAGGAAGGAGGGUCAACGGGGUUUUCUGCCUCGAAUCCAACCAUCAGAUCGUCAGCUCAAUCCGGAGGUUCGUCCAUGGGGAGAACCGCCACGAAUGCAUGAGGGAGUUGGAUGUUGUGAUGGCUCACGCCCGAGAGAAGAGCUUAGAUCUCAUCAAUUCGCGAUUCUUUGACGAGGGGCCCGUGACGAUCGACGUCACGAAAGCGUCGUCCGAACUUCGAGGCCUCGCACUCUAUCUAACGAGCUCGAUCAAAGGCAUAGAGGCGCUGCAAUUGACAUACAUGGGAGAUGCAAACACCGUAGCUAAAUUGGACCUGAUCAGGAACCAAGUGGACGAGAUCAUCUCAAACAUCGACGACUUCUUGGGCCCCAAGAAGUCGAGAGCUGAUCCAGAAUGA